AUGUCCAAGCGCACCCUCAGAACACAAUUGAAGCAGGCUCUUGACGCCGUACCAAAACCAGCUCUGCUUGAGCAGGGCCAGCAGGUCCUCUUGGCGCUGGAGCCGGUGCUGCAGCAGCACCGCUCGUUCGCAUGCUACUUGAACAUGGACUCUGGUGAGGCACCGACAGAGGCGAUACUGGAGCGGCUUUUUCAAUUGGGGAAGGAUGUUUAUCUGCCGCGGUGCACCGACAGCAGCGCAUCCGGGAUCGCUGGCGCGGGCAGCCACAUGCGGCGGCAUUUGACGUUCUACCACAUGCAAUCUAUGGCGGCUGUGCGCGCGUUGCGCCCGCAGGGGAAGUACGGGCUGCGCGAGCCGCCAGCGGAGGCACCACCGCCGGCGUUGCCCGACGUGGAUGUGGUGCUGAUGCCCGGUCUAGGGUUCUGCGCCGAUACCGGCGCGCGCCUCGGACGCGGGGCAGGUUACUACGACAACUAUGUAAGCCGUACGCAGCAGCUGCACGGCAGGAGACCGCUGCUGGUUGGGCUGGCGCUCAGCCAGCAGCUGAUGUUGCACGUCCCGCUAGAGCCGCACGACCAGUGCUUGGACGCGGUGGCCUGCGGCGACGGACAGUUGAGGUGGGCGCAGCGCGCGCCCGGGGAGAUAGUUGAUAUAUAA